AUGCUUUGUGCGUUGGCAGCGCGAAUCGCAGGCAUUAGUUGAAAUUUUGAUGGUCGAGUGACUAGGUGAGCGGUGUCGCGAUCGGCAAGCUUAAACCGUCUUGAGUCCAUUCGUAGUUUUUCGGAAAACUAACGCCCCACGUAAAAUAUUGCUGAGUGCAAAAUUUGUGUGUUGUGCUUACAGUUAAAAGUUUGUGCUAGUGAAUGGUAAUCGAGUAAAGGUUGAAGAUAUUCAAAAGACAAGUAGCCAAGUUUUCACCGAUCUGAUUCCCGACUGACACAAGCGUGUGCAGAGAUUUCGUGGAAGCCGUAAAAAACCCAUCUGCCCAGCUACUAGCUCUGGCGGGAGAUCGUUUGCACCAACAUCCCAAAAGCAACAUCCAUCAACUGCAGCGCCUUUGGCAGCAGACAGCAAUAUCUCGACGCGUGGUUUAAUGGGAUUCUUGCCUAAAAUUUGAUUAGAAUUCCACGAUUAAGCAAAACUUUAAGCCAAACCCAUAAACAUUAUCACAAAGCUUACGCAGGUGACGCUACUCACUUCAAAUAGUUGUCAAUUGGAGUUGAACACGGGUUUCUACCAUGCCACAUACAGGCCAGGCGGGUGUCAAUCAGUUGGGCGGGGUGUUUGUCAAUGGACGUCCUUUGCCAGACUGUGUGCGUCGACGAAUCGUCGAUUUGGCGCUAUGCGGCGUAAGGCCCUGUGACAUAUCCAGACAACUAUUAGUCUCCCAUGGCUGCGUUUCCAAAAUUUUGACGCGCUUUUAUGAGACAGGUUCGAUUCGACCGGGAUCUAUUGGUGGUAGCAAAACGAAGCAAGUGGCUACACCCACGGUGGUUAAAAAGAUAAUACGCUUAAAGGAAGAGAACAGCGGCAUGUUCGCUUGGGAAAUACGUGAGCAGUUGCAGCAGCAACGUGUCUGUGACCCUAGCUCAGUUCCGUCGAUCAGCUCUAUUAAUCGUAUAUUGCGUAAUAGUGGUCUUUGGACAGACGAGAUGACAUCCAGUCAACAGAAUGCUGCGGCUGCAGCAGCCGCAGUGGCAGCGGCUCACCAAAUGUCUGGCAGUGGUACUCCAAGUGGUUAUGCCACGCCCACGCAGUUGUACGCAAGCGCCAGCAAUGCAGCAGCCGUAGCUACACGAGUUACGCCCGCUUCUGCCACGCCGCCCACAACGACAGUAUCAGGCUUGCCCUCACGCUAUACCAAGGCGUUGCAGUCGCCGUCGCUGCUGAGCGAUGGGCAACCUCUCAAACCUGCGCCGAAGAUGAUGCCCUCGAAUCAUGGAAACAGUCAUAGUCAUAGUCAUGGGCUGGUGGCCAGUGCCGUGUCCAGCCAGUUGGGUGGAUUGGAUUUGAGUUACUCGGCACUGCACAAGCACUGGCUAUGGAAUCCUUCGCUUCUCUAUUAUACCCAAGCACAUAUGCAAGCAGCCCAGGCAGUAGCAACGGGCAACGGUCAGAUAUUGCCUUAUAGUGGCGCCUUUAUGCCACAUGGUGCAGCCAGCAUGGCGGCUGUUGCUGCUGUUGCGGCAAGCAGCUGUGGAGUUGGUGGCGGUUUCACAAAAUCAGAAAGCUCAAUCGAUCUAACCAAAGCCUGCGCCAUGGGAGACCCGUUGAGUGAUUGCGAUUCGGGAAAAUCCUCACCGGUGGCGCUGUCGUUGAGUGCAGCUACAGCUACAGCUACCAUGACAGAUACGCUGAACAACAGCCAUAAUAGUCGCAAACGGAAUCCGUAUUCCAUUGAGGAGUUAUUAAAGAAGCCUGAGAAGCGUUUCCGACUCAGUAGCGAAUCACAGGCGAGUUUGGAGGGAUGUACGGCUAAGCGUGAUAAUCUUGAAUGCAUAAGUUCUUCGAGUUCCAGUUCCAGUUCCAGUGAAAGCAAUAGCAGCAACGCAAGCUCUGAAGAUACGGCACUGACAAGGUCACAACUGGAAGAAGCUGAUAUCGAGGAAGAUUGCAGUGUUGAGGUAGUUAAUUAAGACAACGUGUUUGCUUUCACUUUAGUUAAGUAAGAGUCCCAGUUUAAAACAAUUAAUGUGUUUAUGCUAGUUUACCCAUUCGUGAUAACUAUUUAAUCGAAAUAAAAUACAA